UUUUCUUUUGGUAGAAGCCUGAGGAGCAAGUUCUGCGAAAAUUCACUUAUAUAACGUCCUCAUCAAGUUCUGUGGAACUGGGUCAAACAUAUAGAAGCUCCGGCUGCAACAUCCUCCAUGUCUCCUCUUUCCCUCUUUCUAUAACCCCCUUUUAAACCUCUGCGUCUGCUUUCUCUCUUUCUUGUAUUACUUCAUUCUAUCAUUUUUUUUUUCUGGGUUCUUGUAAAUAUAUCGAAACAAGCUGCUGAGAGAGGAUUUUGAGAUCGGGAGAUGGGAUUGUGUAAAGAUGAUAAGUCGAGGAGGGGGGUUUUGAGAGGGUUGAAAACUCUCUUCUUCUUGAUCACGAUGCUGGUGUCUCUUCUUUUGUUCUACGCUCCCGUUCUGCUUGUUCUCGCCGAUACGCUUCUUCCUUCAGCUAUCCUCUCUGUUUCCCUCACUCCUUCCUUCCUUUCGUUUCAGUCUCUCUCUUCCCAUCUCAGUAAUUACGACUUUCGCUACUCUCUCGUCGACAUACCCCUCAUCUCCAUCGUCAGAUCGCUCGUGAUUAUAUGUGUCUACAGCUUUUGCGACGGGCCUCGGCUUUCCCGUGGGCCGUACCUGGGAAUUACAACGCUGUGUUCGUUGUUGUCUCUGGUCGUUGUUUCAAUCAAGGCCUCAUUUGUUUUCGCCGCUCCGGGCAGCCAAGGUUAUCUUAGAGCCGCUGAGGUUGCGCUGUUCACUUGUUCGCUGGCUUUGGCGAUCGGCCAUGUCGUCGUGGCUUAUAGGAUCAGCUGCCGCGAGAGACGGAAAUUGCUCGUCUACAAAAUCGACAUUGAAGCUGUUUCCGCGUGUAAGAAAGCGUUUCCCGUGUAUCAAAAGCGUCUACAGGAGGAGAGAGUCAAGUGAAAACGGAGGCUAAGCUUAUUUUCUGGCAAAUCUCUUGACACGCAUCGCACUCGGUCCCACAUUUUGUUUCGGGUUCUCCGAAGGAGAUGAGAAACUGGAGGGGAGUGAGAGGCCAGGAGUAAAAGCACCGAAGCCGAACAAGAACUGAAGAAUAUCUAUAAUGUACAACAAUGGAGGCCGUAAUCGGCUUAAAUAUUUCAUUUGUUUGAUGUAUAUAUAUAUAUAUAUAUAUAUAUAUAUUACCACGGAAAGAAAACAGAAAAUGUGGUAGAAACUAGAAAGAGCCAGUCUUGUACUACUAUAUCGUGCUUUUAGCUAGUCCAUGGGGGAGCAGAAUUUGGAAUUGGUCCAUUCCAUCAGUUUAUUAACUUUGUAUGAUUGUUCAAACUAGAACCAGUUUGGGGCCAAUGUAUGGGCCCAGGAAAUAAAUGAGCUUUACCUCUUUUCA